AUUAUAUUAGCUGUAUUUAUUAAUCCAUAUUUAUUAAUAUAGCCUCAGUUUUUUUAUUAUAUACAUAGUGAGUGAUCAGAAUGAGUUAUCAUGGUUCGACCUUCGUGUUGUCUUUAUAUCUGGGAGUGAUAUGGGCGGGAGCUCUCCCCCUCUCUCCGGAUGAGGAGGCAGGAUUGGACAGAGUGGACACUAUGGUGUCCACCGAGGCUCAGUCCUCACAGGCUAUCCCAUCAGCCUCUGCUUCCAUCAGCCAGCUGCUGCACUCUGCCCUGCUGAAGAAAGAGUAUCUGGGGCAGGAGCCAGUCUACCCUGGCACCACGACUAACCCCACUCAGGCCGUGCCUCUCCUCAGCCAAUCAGAGCCAAGUGCCACAGUGAUGUCACUUGGGGUGCUGACUACUGCAGUGAUGUCCCCGGCCGCCUCCCUUCUGCGCAGCCAAUCACAGGGCAGCAGCAGCAGCACCACCCCCCCUGGCCCCGCCCGUGCGACACCAUCGAUUACAUCAUCACCCAAGGAGGGGGGCAGAGAGGAAGAAACUACGACCACUCUGAUCACCACAACAACUAUCACCACCGUACACACUCCAGUUCUCUGCAAUGCUAACCUUACGGCCCUAGAGGGUUUUGUCGAGUCUCCUGAAUCCUCAGGAUCUGGGUUCUACCACAGCCUGGACUGCACCUACACCAUCACUGUGUACACCAGCUACGGAGUGGAGCUGCAGGUGAAAAGUCUGAACCUGUCUAAAGACGAGACAUUGUCAAUCAAGAGCUACGGGGGGGAGGGGUCUGUGUUCCUGGCCAAUGAGAGCCUGCUGAGCGAGGGUCAGGUGAUCCGGAGCCUGACCAAUCAGGUGCUGAUUCGGUUUCAGAGCAACCAGCCAGCCAAUCCAGGCAUCUUUAAACUGCACUAUCAAGCGUUCCUCCUCUCAUGCUCCUUCCCUCUCUCCCCUGCUGAGGGGGCCGUGUCUGUCAGUGACCUUCACCCUGGAGGCUCCGCCCAGUUCCGCUGUGACCCCGGCUACGAGGUCCGGGGUCACGAGGUCCUGACCUGCCUGAACUCCACACGACCUCACUGGAGUGGAGCCGAGCCAAGCUGCGUGUCUGUCUCAUGUGGAGGGGUGAUUCAGAACGCCUCUCUGGGGCGCAUCCUCUCUCCUGCUCCCGCCGGUAACUAUACCAACAACCUGAGCUGCCAUUGGCUGGUGGAGGCGUCAGAGGGGCAAAGACUCCACCUGCACUUCGAGAGAGUGGCUCUCGAUGAGGACAGCGACAGGCUCGUUGUCCGGGCUGGGAACUCCCCGCUGGCUCCCCUGCAGUUCGACUCAGAUCUGGACGAUAUUCCAGAGCGAGGGAUCGUGAGUGAUGGGCCGGCUCUCUACAUAGAACUGCUCUCCGAGAACUCGGGGAUCCCCCUACUGCUGGCACUCAGAUACGAGGUGUUUGAUGCUGAUCAUUGUUACGAGCCCUUCCUCGCUCACGGUAACUUCACAACCUCCGACCUGUCCUACAGUUUGGGGUCGGUGGUGGAGUUCGGCUGUGUUUCGGGAUACGUGAUGGAGCAGGGGUCAGGGGUCAUCGAGUGCGUUGACCCCUCUGACCCCCACUGGAACGAGAGUGAGCCAGUGUGCAAAGCACUGUGUGGGGGAGAGCUGUCAGAAUCCUCUGGGACAGUGCUCUCUCCUGAUUGGCCGCAGACCUAUGGGCGGGGCAAGGACUGUGUGUGGGGGAUCCGUGUUCAAGAGGACAAGAGAGUGCAGCUAGAUAUCGAGAUUCUGAAUAUCCGCCGCAGUGACAUUCUCACAAUAUUGGAUGGCGAUGACCUCACCUCUCAUAUGAUUGGUCAAUACAUCGGCUCUCACCAGCGGUUCCGCCUCCUUUCCAGCGGGUCAGAGGUCACGGUGCAGUUCCAGAGUGACCCCAACGACCCCUCGUUCAGCCUGAGCCAGGGGUUCAUCAUCCACUACCAGGAGGUUCCUCGUAAUGACACCUGUCCAGACCUCCCCGUGGUUCAGUUUGGUUGGAAGACUUCCUCUCAUCCUGACCUCAUCAAGGGCACCGUGGUGACCUAUCAGUGCGAGCCUGGCUAUGACAUCGUCGGCUCCGACAUCCUCACUUGCCAAUGGGGUUCCCUCUGGGAGCCACCCCCCCGUAUCAUCAACACUCUGAUACUGGCCUUCCUUACUGAACACAGUGUCUUGAGUAAGAGUCAGAUUGGCUUCCUACCAAACCACCACACCUCUGACCAUAUUUACACCCUCCACACCCUUAUCAACAAGCACGUCCACCACAAAGAUAAAAGGAAAAUCCUCUCUUGCUUGAAUCCGGGUGAGAUUGCUCACGGAGCUCGUCUGGUCUCUGAUCAACGGUUUGCUGUGGGCUCCCAGGUUCAGUUCUCCUGUGCGGAGGGGUAUCAGAUCGAGGGGAGCCCCUCAAUCACCUGCUACAGCCGGGACACAGGGACCCCCAAGUGGAGCGACCGCAUCCCCAAAUGUGUCUUGAAGUAUGAUCCAUGUUUGAACCCUGGGGUCCCAGAGAAUGGUUAUCAGACCCUGUAUAAGCACCGUUACCAGGCCGGCGAGUCUCUGCGCUUCUUCUGCUAUGAAGGCUUUGAGCUGAUCGGCGAGGUCACUGUCACCUGUGUGCCAGGACACCCCUCCCAGUGGAAUAGCCCACCCCCCUUCUGCAAAGUAGUUUAUGAAGAGCUCCUGGAUGCUCGGAAGCUCGAGGUUUCCAGGACGACAGACCCCUCCCACCAGAUGGAGGGCAGGAACAUCGCCCUGGCAAUCUUCCUGCCAAUCAUCCUGGUCAUUCUCCUGAUUGGAGGAAUCUACCUUUACUACACCAAAUUCCAGGGGAAGACUCUGUUUGGAUUCUCGCUCUCCAGCUCUCACUCCUACAGCCCCAUCACUGUCGAGUCGGACUUCAACAACCCGCUCUACGAGGCUGGGGACACGCGGGAGUACGAAGUGUCCAUCUGAAGAACGACACAGCUAGACAGAGCGAGAGAUAGCAUAUUAUACCUCCCUCCACCCCUCUCUCUGUCUGUUGAUUUGUGAGAAAAGUUGUAUUGUGCCAAAACUUCAUCUAUCUAUCUGUCAAUGUCUAUCCAUCCAUCCAUCCAUCCUUCCAUCUAUUUGUCCAUCUCGAGAAAUCAAAACUGACAGUCUAUCCACAGAAUUCAUUUAAAUCCGUCCUCAUAACUCUUAUUGGCACUGUUGGGAGCCACAGUCCAAUAUAACAUAUAAAACUAUGGCUACUGAAACUUAGGAGGGCUGUUUGGAGCCAAAUAAAUAUAAAGAUGGAUGGAUAGAUAAAAAAGAGGAGAGAUACAUGAAGUAAUAGACUGAUAUAUCGUAAAACUGCAAAUAAUUGCCUGCCCAGAUAACCGCCUGUCCAAAUACACACCGGGUCUGCUGCCAUAUCUUGUAAAUAAAUGCUGGGUCUCUCAUUGCCACUGAAGCUGAGGAAGAUGAAAGUGACUCUCAGGAUUAAUAAAUU